UUAUUACAUCCCCUGGCCAAAACGGCAAGAGGUAGCAAGCACGAGGCUCUUCCCUUGCCGGAGCCGACGAGCGGCUGCAAAUCUUGUCCAAUCAGCUCUAGGUUUGCCAUUACUGUUGCGGGCCACCGGAGGAAAAGGCGCAAACGCGCAAGCGCGGCCGCCUCCUUCCCGCGAAGGCUGCGCACUCUACGCAAUUAAAUCGAGCCGGGCGCGCCUCUUUGGGGCGAGCAAAGAAGCCAAUGUGUGCCUCGUGAAAGGACGCUGCUGCUCCGCUCUCUCCGGAAGUAAGGAGACACCUUCGACUAACGGCCCGAGGUCGCCGCGAUGUUCGUGGCGCGCAGCAUCGCGGCCGAUCACCGCGACCUCAUCCACGAUGUUUCCUUUGAUUUCCACGGGCGGCGCAUGGCGACCUGCUCCAGCGACCAGAGUGUCAAGGUCUGGGACAAAGGUGAAAAUGGAGAAUGGCACUGUACUGCCAGCUGGAAGACACACAGUGGAUCUGUCUGGCGUGUGACUUGGGCACAUCCAGAGUUUGGGCAAGUCUUAGCUUCCUGCUCCUUUGAUAGAACAGCCGCAGUGUGGGAAGAAAUAGUGGGAGAAUCCAAUGAUAAACUCCGAGGGCAGAGUCACUGGGUAAAGAGGACUACGCUAGUAGACAGUAGGACAUCAGUUACAGACGUAAAGUUUGCUCCCAAGCAUAUGGGUCUCAUGUUAGCAACGUGUUCAGCAGAUGGAGUUGUUAGGAUAUAUGAAGCUCCAGAUGUAAUGAAUCUCAGUCAGUGGUCGCUUCAGCAUGAGAUUUCAUGUAAACUAAGCUGCAGUUGUAUUUCCUGGAAUCCUUCAAGCUGUCGUGCUCAUGCUCCUAUGAUAGCCGUAGGAAGUGAUGAUAGCAGUCCAAAUAUACUGGCAAAAGUUCAGAUUUAUGAAUACAAUGAAAAUACCAGGAAGUAUGCAAAAGCAGAAACACUUAUGACAGUCACCGAUCCUGUGCAUGAUAUUGCAUUUGCUCCGAACCUGGGAAGAUCUUUCCAUAUAUUAGCUGUGGCAACCAAAGAUGUACGAAUUUUCACACUAAAGCCCCUAAGAAUUUUUACUUUCAGUAGAAAAGAACUGACUGCUUCAUCAGGGCUGACAAAAUUUGAGGUUCAGUUAGUAGCUCAGUUUGAUAACCACAAUUCCCAGGUCUGGCGUGUAAGCUGGAACAUCACGGGCACAGUGCUUGCAUCUUCAGGAGAUGAUGGAUGUGUAAGGCUUUGGAAAGCUAAUUAUAUGGACAACUGGAAGUGCACUGGAAUUCUGAAAGGUAAUGGGAGUCCAGUCAAUGCAAGUUCUACUCAGCAGGGAGUUUUUAAUACUCCUUUAGGAACAGCCAAUACAAGCCUCCAGAACUCAGUAAAUGGGACAUCAGCCGGCAGGAAUGGAAAGCGAACUCCUUUCCCCCCUCCCCAACGCCGUUUGACCUCUUCCCAAGAUACCAACAGUCUGCCUACUACUAAACACAGAUCAAAAGGCUCCCUUAAACGCAGUAUACACAUUCUGCUAGCCAGCACAGUAUGACCUUGUUGGAAUAUGUGAAAAAUAUAAAAAGAAAAACUCUCUAGUGGAGACAUCUUCCCCCCACCCUCUGCCGAACUAUUAUGUGGGCGGAGAGGGAAGUUCACCAAAGUAAAAAAAAAAAAAAAAAAAAUUACUGACCUUCUGUUCUGAGACAUGCGAUGGAAAAUUUGAGUGUGAAUCCAUUGAAAUCUAUUGAUUUACAUUUAAAUUGUUUAAAAUAUUUGACUUUGUUCUGCAUUUUGAAGUUGUCACAUUCUUUACCAUUACAGUUCUGUAAUGGAUUUGUAAUAUAGGAACGUAACUAGUCUUAACACUGUGACUUGACAUCUGUACAGUUGCUAUUGCUUUACAAUUGAACGUGAUCUCAAAGUUUAAAAUGAACAUUAAUGCCAUACUUUAGUUGUCUUUUAGUGAGAAUAAUCUUACCUGAUAGUUGCAUGUUCCUGUGGCAUGAUUCCAUGGAGUAAGUAGUAAGACUUCCUCUGGUAACAAUAUUGUGAUGGAGAGCCAUAUCCAAAUGAAUGUUUGUCAGUUAGUAUUGACAAGCUGCUCUGGGAAUUAUUGGCUGCUGUGCCCAGGCUGUUUCAUGUAUUGUAUAGUGAGUGUGUGCGCACACUUGUUUCUCUGCAGUUGAGCUGUUGCCUUGCACCUAACUGCAUCAGUGUCCUUUUGCAAUCACUCAUCUGGACAUGGCAAGAAAACACCUUGUUUUAAGUUGUGGCAUGUAAAUGUAGCUCUAAAUACGUCAUGUCUCAAAAUUUUACUAACCUUGCUGUUUAUGUUCUGUAAUUAUUUCUGAAUUUCCAAAGAUUGUUAAGGUUACAAAAGGGUGUCUUUAAUAUUAUGGGUAAGUCAUUAAAAAAGCGAUAUAGCAUCAUUCUUUAAA